UGGACACUGACUUCAUCAAUAUCAGUCAACCAACAUUCACAAAAUCAUAAACACACAUCUGUUAUGCUGCAUCUCCAUGGAUGGAUGGAGUCACUAAGUUACCAGAACACAUACAACAAUAAACGAUACAAUCACACGGAAUAUUAUUUCAACUAUCAUUCCUUGAAUUAACACAGUAUUGGGGAUUUAUCAACAACUAUGAAAUACUCAAAUUCUCUUCUACUCCUGUUCACUUUGCUCAUCCAAACUAGAAGUGAUUUUGUGCUUCGUCCUACAAAUCAGAUCGCUCGCAUUGGAGCCACAAUACAACAUUCUUGUGCUGUUAUAACUACACCUGUUUUUAUAGAAUGGUACUUAAACACUAAUAAAAUUGGAAGUUGUCUCUUUCAAACCAAUACAACUACAAACACUUUUCGUGAUCGAAAAUUCAAAGUUAUUAUUGGACAGUAUACAGACGAACUGAUGGCCAUGUGUCAGUUGAUCAUCACCAAUGUAAACUUUACUGAUACUGGUGAAUACAAGUGUAAAACUAUUCAUCCAGAUUCUGAAAGUGAAUCAGCCUCUGCUUAUGUUCUCGUCUCAUAUCCAAUCAGAGAACUUCAGUUACACAUAGAUAAUGAAACUUCUCUAAGUGUUGGUCAACCAACUUAUGUUGAAUGCAAAGCGCGUGCUGGAAAACCAGCGCCCCAAAUACGUUUAAAUUUAGGCGGUAUGCCUAUUUCUGAGGCUCGAGUCGUACAGAAAGUAGAUAUUGAAGGUUUGAUCACUUCAACAGCUACAGCAAACAUAAAACUGGUCAAUACAAAUCACUGGCAACUGUUGACAUGUCAUGUUGAUAUGCAAGCAUACAGAAAUGUAAAUCAAACAUUUAAAGUUAUCCAUCUAACUGAUUAUGUACCAGCAGAACUAUAAGAAUGAAAUUAAAGAUGUGGAAACAAAUUUUCUUCAAUGUAUUUAAUGAGAAGAUUUCUAAAACAAAACAUCAAAGUAAAUACAAAAAACAAACAUGAAUAAAGCCAUUUAAUGAAUGUUUACUUUUACCCUUUAUUUGAUUUAGUUACAUUAUUCGUGUAUUGGUAUUCAAUGCAAUCUAAUAUGAAUAAAUAUAAGCCAAUUUCUAAUUCGCC